GCAGAGACAGGCAGACUAGAGUGGGGGAGUUAACUGUUAACAGUGCAGCAGGACAUCUGAACAUAGGAAAAUGACUCUUAGACCUACAAGCAUCCCAGACUACAGCACCACUAUAUCAUAUGGAAACAAUAACAACACCAAUGAGACUCAUUGUCCAGAUCACGAACUAUGGGAGUGGCUCACUGCACACCAACCAGUGUACAUUCUGCUCAUCACCGUGCUGGGAAUUAUGCUUAACAUGUUCGUUCUGACUGUCUUCUGCUUCCACAAGAAGGCGUGCACCAUAGCUGAAAUCUAUUUGAGCAACCUGGCUGCUGCUGACCUAGUCCUGGUGUCCUGUUUGCCCUUCUGGGCCGUUAACAUGCUCAAUGAUUUUAAAUGGCCUUUUGGUCAUUUCAUGUGCAAAGUUAUCAAUGUGGGAAUUAAGAUGAAUGCCUACUGCAGCAUAUACUUUCUUGUUCUGGUUAGCAUCGAUCGCUAUGUGGCGCUGGUACAUGCGAUGUCACAUGGAAGAAUGCGUAGUCCAAAAUAUGCUAAACUAGGGUGUCUGCUGACAUGGGGUUUUGGCUUGCUUCUGAGUAUACCCGUGUUCAUCUUCAGGGAAGUGAGAUAUUUCCCUGAAUAUGGUACUGUGUGCUAUCUAAACUAUCCAAACCACAACGUACAAGUUAUCUGUGAUGGGAUAUUGAUCAUUUUUAGCUUUGUUAUUCCCAUUUCAAUUAUCUCCUUUUGCACUUUUAAUAUUAUUCAGGCUUUGAAAUUGCAAGCAAUUGAGAGGUUCAAUGCUGAAAACACAGAACGAAAGGCCACCAUUUUGGUCCUGGCAGUCCUUGUAGCCUUCCUAAUUUGCUGGGUGCCAUUCCAUGUAAUCACCAUAGUAGAUGUGCUUUUACGAGGUGGGAUACUGGAAGGCUGUCACCUUGAAAAUGCUGUGGACAUCAGCAUCCAGAUCUUCACCUACUUAGCCUUCUUGAACAGCAUUCUUAACCCGAUCCUAUACGUUAUUGUAGGAAAGAACUUCCGGAAAAAAGUCAGAGAACUCUUCCAGCAGUGGGGCCACCAGAGGAAAACCUUAUCUGACUCCACACGUUCAAACCUGUCCUCCACAUUGAAAACUUCUGUAUAAAAUGCUGUAUGCAAAUUGCUUUUUGCAAACAAAAGCACAGAAGGAUAGUGGGCAGUCAUUUAAUGAUAUUGUCUUAAACUAAAUGGUUCAAAUGAAAUCUAAAAUCAAAUGAAGUUCGUGAAAUCGCAGUGGAUGUAGCUUUGUAAUAAUCAGACUUAAUCAUACAUUGUUAAGAAACCUUUUAACGAACUCUUUCUUUAGUAUGUUAGCUGAUGCACAACGUCUCACUGUUACGUUUAGAAAAGGUGGUUGUAUUACAGAUUACUACCAAAUGCAAAACACUGUUGUUUAGCUUGAACUGGAAAAAAAUGAAGACAUAUUUUAUAUAUUGCAACAACUCACCAGUGUGUGAUAUUGUUGGAUUCAUAUAUUACAAACUGUAGUAGUCAUCAGUAUCUUGGCUGUACUGGUUCUGUGAUGUAAAUAUGUGUACUGUAAAAUAAUUUAUGUAAAUACAACUUUUUUGUUAUAAAGUUUAUUGCUGAAGAUGCAAAUGAUGCCACUAUUUGUUUCACUCAGAGCAUAACGAUGAAUAAAAUCAACAUGCGGUCUUUCGCUUUAUGAAUCUUUAUGAUGCAUUUGAAUGUUAAGUUGAACAUCCAAAGGUUCAUGUUGAAACAGCGUCUUGCUAAGUGUUUCUGGUGUUUCUGACUCAGAGUUUCCAGACUUAAACAUGUGACUCUUUCAACAAGUUUCCAGUUGUGACGCACAAACAUGCUUCUUUUUGUUGGCUGUAUAGACAUAACUUUUUCUUUUUUUUUUAUUGUAUAUCUGUCCCCCAAACCACCUUUUAAUUGCCAAGUGUUUACUCAAAAUGGGUUGUGGGCAAGGGUACACCCAUAGGUGUCCUCAAAAUGAAGGCAAAUCUUGCCAAGCAGGAUAUCAGGCUUCACCACAAUUGCUAGUGCUGAAAAUUGUUGUGGAACAAAAGGCAUGCAGAAAAAGUUACCGCAAAUUGUAGAAUGUCUGCCAGAAAACACACAGUUCAACCUCGUUUUAUGUGUUUUUGUCUGCUUUUUAAAAUGGUUUUAAUUUUGUGAU